UCCUCAGGUUUAGGAGACACUGUCCAAAUUCAAAAGGUAUUUUCUUUAUUGGCUUGUGGAUGGGAAUCACACCGCCUAAAAUCAGGCUCUGCCUGACUGGUGUGCUUCGUCCUUGCACGCUACUUAGGAUUGUGCUGCUGCCUUACUCUCUAAGAAAAAUCAGAGGGAACGAUGUACCAGACAAAAGAUAACACAUGUGGUGAUAGUGGACUGGAUGGGUUAGGAGGACCAAGUGUACAACUUGGAAGCCCAGAUAAGAAAAAGCGCAAGGCCAAUACACAGGGGCCUUCGUUUCCUCCAUUGUCUGAGUAUGCUCCACCACCAAAUCCAAACGCUGACCAUCUAGUGGCUGCUAAUCCAUUUGAUGACAACUAUAAUACUAUAUCCUACAAACCACUACCUUCAUCAAAUCCUUAUCUUGGCCCUGGUUAUCCUGGCUUUGGAGGCUAUAGCACAUUCAGAAUGCCACCUCACGUUCCUCCAAGGAUGUCUUCCCCGUAUUGUGGCCCUUAUUCACUCAGGAAUCAGCCACACCCAUUUCCUCAGAAUCCUUUGGGCAUGGGUUUCAAUCGACCUCAUGCUUUUAACUUUGGGCCACAUGAUAAUUCAAGUUUUGGGAAUCCUUCUUAUAAUAAUGCACUAAGUCAGAAUGUUAAUAUGCCUAAUCAACAUUUUAGACAAAAUCCUGCUGAAAGCUUUGGUCAAAUUCCUCCACAGAAUCCUAGCCAAGUAGCUAACCCUGAGUUGGCAUCUAACUUUGUUCCUGGAACUAAUUCAAAUUUUACUUCUCCAUUAGAAUCAAAUCAUUCUUUUAUUCCUCCCCCAAAUACUUUUGGGCAAACAAAGGCACCACCCCCAAAACAAGACUUUAGUCAAGGAACAACCAAAAAUACUAAUCAAAAUUCCUCUGCUCAUCCACCUCACUUAAAUAUGGAUGAUACUGUGAAUCAGAGUAACAUUGAAUUAAAAAAUGUUAAUCGAAACAAUGCAGUAAGUCAAGAGAACAGCCGUUCAAGCAGUACUGAAGCUACAAAUAACAGCUGUGCAAAUGGGACACAGAAUAAACCACGACAAGCUAGAGGUGCUGCAGAUACUUGCACCACUGAAAAAAGCAAUAAAUCCUCUCUCCACCCAAGCCGUCAUGGCCAUUCUUCUUCUGAUCCGGUGUAUCCUUGUGGAAUUUGUACAAAUGAAGUGAAUGAUGAUCAGGAUGCCAUCUUAUGUGAAGCCUCUUGUCAGAAAUGGUUUCAUCGAAUCUGCACUGGAAUGACUGAAACAGCUUAUGGCCUCCUAACUGCAGAAGCAUCAGCAGUAUGGGGUUGUGAUACCUGUAUGGCUGACAAAGAUGUCCAGUUAAUGCGCACUAGAGAGACUUUUGGUCCACCUGCAGUGGGCAGUGAUGCCUAAUCACAAGCAUUAACUAAAGUGGUUUUUCUCCCCUGUGUAUUACAGAGGUUCAGUGACCCAGGAUUUUAAUGUUUUACAUUAUUUUUUUAAAUGCACACAAAGAUGAUUUAGCUUUUAGUUUUUAUUAAUAUUACACUUCAUCACUAGUGCAAAUUUUGUAUUGUCUUUCCUGUUUUAGGUGAGAAUAAUGUAUAUGGGGUGCUGUAGAAAGUACUAUACAAAUAAAUGUUAGUUGUUGUUUAUCAUAAACAAAAGCCUCUUGAAGCUUCAAAAUAAUAUAUAGCAAAUAUAGGCAAGUUUUGACUUUCAAAAGUUAGAAUCAUUGGAAAAUGUGUAUUUCAGUGCUGAACUUUGGCAAUAUGACAUUCAACAUUUAGUACAAUUUUUUUUCAAGGAUCCAUUUAACAUAUUUCGGAACAAAAUAUAUGUAACUAUAACAUGGAAAAAAGCAUACAUUUUACUGGAUGCUUUUAAUAGAAUAUGACACCAUAUCCUCCCCCACUAGGGUCCUUGAAAUUAGUGACUUUCAUGUUUUCAAGUCACUCUUUCCAGGAUAUUUGUUUGUACAGAUAUGAGACAGAUGUGUGAGCAUAAAGUAGAUGCUCAAUAAGUACUUGUUGAUUAGCUUGUCAAUUGUACCACAUGAAAUUGCUAAUAUUAAAUCAACUGAAAAUUGGCUGCAAUUGGCAGAGUUGACAAAGUAUAUUUUUAGUCAUGCUAUUUAGAAUUAUAUUAUGUUUUUCUAUUUUUAAAAUUAUUGAGUUGUUUUGUUACUUUGGCUCUACUGGCAAAAGAACUCAGUGGUGGUGGUUUGAAAGAUCUUGUUUUGUGUACCUGAAUUUUAAAAUGAGCCUCAGGGGAAAUCAGAACAUAUUUUAAACAAAGAUCAAUUAAGAGUCAAGGAGGAAGCGUGAUCACAAACAACAAUUCAGGGCCUUGCUGCAGACAGGAAUUUCUGCUCUGACUGGGGAAAGUGUAAAAAUGGAUCUCAGAGAUCCUCUUGAGAAGAUAAUCAGAAUGGAGACAGUUGGAGGAGCAAUCAUUAAGAUUGAGAACAGCAAAAACCCACUUUUGAAAGGAUGACAACAUAUGACCAAAAGAAAAAAAAAAACGAAACUGUGGCACAAGUAAUACCAUUUUACACAGUGAUUGGAUGUUGGUGGAAUUCCCAAACUUGCACCAGUGUUAUUUAUGUCACCAAAAAAGUUCUGAAGACCAUAUGGUGAUCUGCAAAAGGGAUAAUUAAUUGCUACUUUUUAAACCUGAUGAAGCAACAACAGCAGCAUAUUGCCAAGAAAUUUAAAUUAUGUAUGAAAAUUUGAUUGAAAAACAGUGCCCUUUGGUUUAUAAAUGUGAAUCUACCCUUUUGCAUGACAGUUCUUGACCUCACACAUCAUAAACCACUAAAGCAAAGUCAAUUGAAUUGGGCUAUUAAAUAUUGUCUGUGGUAGUCACCAGCGCUUUAUCCAAUGAGCUUCCAUCUUUUUCAUCAUUUGGAGUUUUUUCUUAAAACCAACAUAUUCUCCAAUUGAGAAGCAAUAAUUGAGGGAUUCAAAGAAUUUAUACAACCUAACAUCUGAUAAAUUUUGUAAAAAUGAAAUACUUAAUAUCCUAUCAAGAGAAAAUUGAAUGCAUAUGAUGUAUAUUUUGAUUGAAUAUAAACUUUUUUUUAAGUGUUCUAAUUUUGUCCUACAAAAACAGCAAUUUCAUAUGGUACAAAGUAAUAUAAAGUUUUCUCCAUUUACCUGUGACUAGUUAGAGGUGAGUACAAAUAUUUUCAGUAGUUGUAAAAUAUAUAUCUUUACAAUUUGGGGAAAUGAAAUUAUAUAAACUCUGAUACUAAGUACUCCUGUGUGUGAAAACUUUACCAGUUGAAGCUAGUUAAAAUGCACAUCAAAGGCCAACUGUCGCAUUUGGUGUGUUCAGUAGUAUACUUGAAGAUUUUGCUUAUACUAGCUUUUGUUAAAGAUACAUAAUUUUCUAAAUGUUGAAGGACCUAGUUAUGCGAUUCCUAGGGUGUGUUGACUUUUAAGAAAUUAUGCACCAUGUGCUAUAUGCCCAGUCCAAGUAUCAGAUUCCAAUUUUUUUGUGACUCUGAAUACAGCUAGAUAAAUACUGAGUAGAACCUUCCAGUGUUUUCAGAAGCUAAUACUCUACAUGGUAGUACUUGAGUGUACUUACUGCUAAAAUUGAUUAUGCAGUUUCUUAAGUCCUCUGUUGCUUGCAGUUUCAGUAGUUAGUUUUGUGAAAAUGAAAUAACUUCGCUCAUGCUAGUCUAAAGAUGCUAGAUGUAUACUGUGAUUCUUUCAUUUUCUAUUUUUGAGUGGUUGUUUUUAAAGCCUACAAACCUACAAUUUUUAUUCAGGUACUUAGGUCUUCAGAAACCUUACUUAAGAAUCUGUAAAUAUUCAAAAAACCUUAGUUGAUUUUGACACUGAAUCAUAGUCAAACUAUAAUCAUAGUUGAUGAAUGUUGUCUUGUAUUUGAAUUAAGUUUCUUCCUAGUUCCACAUUUGUCUCUUAAUACUAAGCCAAAAGUGAUCCAAAUGCUUUUGGUAGGGAAAAUAAUGAACUGAAAGAAUGACCAGGUAUUUGUCUAACUUGACCCAAAGAAGGCUAUUGUACAAAUUGUUAGAGGCUUUCUUAGAACAAAUAAUGAACUGCUCUAAACUUUUCAAAAUCUAUCACUAAGUAAUGAUAGAAAGUAAUGCAUACCAUGCUUUACACCUCUUUUGGUGUAAUCCUUUUGUUUCACUGCAAAGCCCUCAUCUCGUGUACACAUGCACAGAGGCACACAUACGCAACUGAGCAGGAAAUUGGAGUUUCUCGUGCAUUCUCAAGGUUUGCCAAAGUUCAACCUGGCUAAUUAUCAAUAACUAGGCUCUCUCACCAAGACCAGGUUACUGUCAAAGUUUCAAAGCAUCAGUUCUUUUCUCAGAACUUACUUUGUUUAUUCACUAAAAUAUUUUGAUCCACUUGUUUAUAGAUGCUACUGGAUUCACUAAUACUGAAACAGCUUGUAAAAGAAAAAUAAAUUCUUCAGAUACAGUGCUUAGCAUUAGAUUUGUGAUCAGUGUUUUCCUUUUGUGUGAGAUACUUCGGAAUACUGCUAUUAUGAUUCUUGUUAUUCAAAUUAGAUUAUGUACAUAAAGCUGAAGAUUUUCUUGUGUUAGUACUUAUUCAUAGAUGAACACAAUGUAAAGAAACCUUUUUUUUUUUUUUUGGUGUUUUUUAAAGACUCCACACUGUGCCUAGUGAUAGAAAAAAAAUGAAUAGUAUGGGUCACCACGAAAUCCGCCAACUUUAAUCAUCCAAAUAAAGUAAGUGUCAGAAGUCUUUAUCCAAUAUUCUUUUGAAUUUGUUUGUCUUAAGCAAAUUGAGAGUGUUAGUACUUAAUGUCCAACAUAUAAUUGCAUUUACUAGUAAAAUACAUAAGCAAUGGUUUUUUAAAGGGAGCACUAAAGAAUUUUUGAAUUUCUUUUUUGCACUCUGUAGAGGUUUCAUAUGCAUGUGUAUUUGUGCUAUUUUUAGAUUUUUUUUAAUUUAAAAAGCUUAAUUAAAAGCAUUCUGGCUCCCAAAGCUCAUUUGUAAAUAGUGGUUUGGAACUCUAUAUAAAUUGAUUAGAUUUUUAGGGAAGUCAUAAAGGCUUAUUUAAACUUGGUGUAGUUAACCAAUAGUGUCAUGCUGAGUACUCACUUUUCUUAGGAAACCAAUCAACAUGGAGGAGAAAACAGAAGAGUUAUUACCUUUUUCCUGAUGUGACUCAGGAAGGUUGAGGGCUUUGGUGUUUUUCCCAGUUGCCCUCUUGCCAUCCUGAACUCUCCAGUGGUAUGUUAUAUAAGGAUGAUUACUUGACUUUCCCCCUCCUGGCUGCUUUGUGCUUCAAAUUUUCAUAUCUUUUCUCCAGUCAGAAUUUCCAUUUCUUUGUAUGACUGUGGUUGACUAUAUUUUAAAGGGAAAGCGUCUUCCACCAAGAGGUGAAUGGAAAAAAAGCAAAAUGGGACUAAGUUCUUUUUUUCUUAACACUUUAUUCAGAAUGAAUCUUUGUCUAAUAUCUAAGAUUUCAGACAAUAUGAUUAUCUUUCAGCCAUUGUGGGAAGCAAUAUUUUUAGUGAAUCAACUGAUAUUGUCAUGUCUAAAGUACUUCCUACUUUAUAUUGCUGCAAUUUUUCAGUUUUCUUUUUUUUAACUUCUUAAUGCAGAUGCUUUUUGUUUCUGCAUUUCUGUAACUUCUCCCUUUUCUCUUUUCCAUUUGUCCGGUGGAGCGAUAGAGUACUAUAUAUCAUUUUUCCAAAUCUCACUGUAGUUAUGGGAGUUCAGAGGCACCCCUGGAGUAAGGAAGCUAAAGAUGUCAUGAAUAUCUCAACUGAACAAUGGUCUAGGAGAAAUUAAGGGAAGAAAGUUGACAUUGAUACACUAGAGGCUGCCUGUAUGUCUUUUAAAUCUUUUAAUGAAACCUGACGGAUAAGCUUCAUCUUCGUCGUAUUUUGUCAAAUACUUACUUGCAAUCAUAUAAAAAUGUAUUCUAAAUACCUGUACCUUUCUUGUUCUAUAGAUUAUGUAGAUGAUGUUGCUUGUUAGUUAAAAUAUUAUCUUUUAUAAGAGAAAGUCCUGCUUCUUAUCAUGAUGUAUGUGACUUAAAUGACUGUUUCAUAUUAAAACUAUUUCUUCCUUAUGUACUGUUUACAUAUACCUCUUUUUGGGAUAUUAGUUCAGUACUUUUAUACAAAUCUGAGUGUGUUCCACAUUGGUGACAUGUAUUUUUGCAGUAAUUUUUUGUUUUGUUCUUAGAGCAUGUCUGAAGUAACACAUGCACUAGUGCUGUGGUCUGUGGCAAAAUUACUGUAAUUCAAAUUGGAAAAUAAAAUGUUUCCAGACUUUGUCCAACACUUAUUCCUAUGGCAAAGGAAAUUACUAUGUAAUACUAAUUAUUUCUUAUGCUGGUAUGUUUAAGCUACUCUAUGAAGUAUGUGAAACAUCAAUAUUUAUGUGUUAGUAGAUGGCCUGAUGCCUUUGAAAUGAGAGAAAUGGAUAAAAGUUGGUGUUAUAAAUCAUAACACUCAUAAUGCAAUACAUACUAAAAAUUUGAUCUUCUUACAAUUAUAAUUUACUAAGGAAAUAUCUUAAUUGACACUGUGUAUUAGGAUUUUUCAAACCCAUACCAAUGAAAUUAUAUACUACACUUUGAACUUAUUCUCAUAUCUUCCAACCAAAAAAGAUACUAUUCACUCCAUCGAAACCAAAAUAAGUAGUACUACUAAUUUUCACUACUAAGGAACUAUUAAGAUACUAUAAAACUCCUCUAAUUUACUUAGAAUUUCCAACCAUCAGAACAAAGACUUUGUAUUUACUUUGUACUCUCUGAUGAAAAGAUUUGUUAAUAAAAGUUAUAAUCAAAAAUUCAAAGAAAAAUGUUUAAUGUUGGCAAAAUUUUAAGAGGCAUUUAUCUCAGCAUACUAGUUUAAAAAUACUCUUUUGUUAUUAAAACAAGUAUACAAAAGAAUUGUAAUAAGUAAAUACUUGGCCAAUGCAAAUUUAUUUGAAAUUAUAUAUUUGAAAAGGAAUGCCUGUGAGUGCUUAAACUGCAUAUCUUUUUAAAAUAUUCAAAAUUUUAGACUUUUCUCAAUUCCAACUAUCCUGAAUAAAUAAGGCUUACUAUAUCAAUGAUGUAUAUUACAAGAUGAAUGUCUUCCUAUUCUAUGUUAAUGAUAACUAUACAGCAUCACUUUUGGCAUGGUAGUUGUGGUAUAUUUUGUACAUUUGAUUGUUGACUGUCAAUAGGAUUGACAUAGCAAUAAAUUUGAUUCAAUUCUUAAUAUUAAAAAAGUGCCAGGUAACCAUACUGUGUCAUAAUUCUAUACAUUUUUAAAACUUGGAUGCCUAAUAUUUUCCUCAGCGUUCUUUUUUCCUGGCAUUUUUCACAUACAACCUUUUAGAACUGGGUCUAGUUCUGCUUAAAUCAUAAAGGUUUAAAGAAGAAUUAGUAUUAAACAUUUCAUGAAUUGCUUUGCAGAAAAAUUUAAGUAUGAAAUAACUAGGUUGCCCCAAAUUGUUUUCUUUAUGUGGUUAAUGAACAUGUGACAAUUUUCUGAGAAAUAAAAUAACCAAAUGUAGUAGAUAAUGGCUAUUUUGAUUGUCUUAAGGGCUUCCAAAUGUUAAACCAAAUCGCAAUUCUGAAAUACUUUUUACUAAUUACUAUAAAUAGUGGUAAGCCAACUCUCUUUUCUUUUUGGACUAUUUAACUCUUACAAUUUCCUACUUCCUUUUCCUUCUUCCUUAAACAACAUGCUUGAAUUUAAAAUUGAAGAUAUUUAAUUUAUCUUCCAUGUUUUAGUUUUUUAUUCUGUGGAUUAGUAGACAAAUAGAGAUUCUAUGAUAUCAGUCCAUGUUAUUCUUGGUGUUUCUUUUCAAGAAUCAUGCUAAAUGUCAUUUGUGUGUUGUAUAAAGAAUGUUAUUUAUCAGUAUAUAUACCUAUUAGUAAUAGAAAUCAUGUAUGGCAGGCUUUCUUGAACAAUAUGUAUUGUACGUUUGUGUCCUAUAGUGUUAUGCUUCAGAUUCUUUUAAAUAAAGCUAGUUUUUAAAGAGAAAAUUAACUUUUCUAAGUUACUGAUUUUCAUCAGGACAAGUAGUUGUGACUGUCUUGGCUUUGGGUAGGAUAUGUCCCAGGAAAUAUUAAGCAGGGCAAAAGCGUGCAGUUUACCAAGAAUUUAACUUUAUACUGAGGAAUAGACUAGUAUUUUUGAACAGGCCCUGCUACAUAAAUACUUUUCCCCUCUGAAGUUUAUAUGUAACACUUAGUCCUGAGUUUUCUUAAGAAACUGUGGGCAUACCAUCUCUUUUUAUUUGAAUAAAUUGGGACUUCAGUUCUGUUAAUAUAGAAUUAAUUAGAAACAGUGAUCCCUGAAGCACUGUAGUAAUACUGAGAACUAAUGUGUUUGAAUGAUGAGGUUAGUUUUACAAAAGGUUUCCAAAGUUUGAAACAACAGUCUGGUGCCUUCAGCCUAUUAUAUGAAAAGAGACACUGAAGUUGUGAAUGUGACAGUUAAUGCAACUUGGUCUUAAAGGUAAUAAAAGUGACAGUAAGAUAGCAUUAUAUCAAGGUAAGAUUUGACAGCAAGAAAGUUCUAUUUAAAUUCAUGGAAGGAAAAGAGUCAAUAAUAAUGUUUACCUCUCUGUAAGUGAGAGAAAAGAUGUACAGAGGCUGCUGAUCAAAUAACAUGAAUUGGUGUUCUAAGGCACUCCUUGUUCCAAACAUUAAAAAAUUGGGUUCAAAAUCAAUAUAACUAUAUCCAAGGACAAAAGUAGAGGGAAAAAAAAAGAUAAAUUAUCCUAAACCAGCAGCCUACCUGACUGGAUUCAGAAGCAGAAAUUUGCAG